AUCCGGAGCCUCAUUCCUCUCUUUCACUGGGCACUGAUUUGAGGUACCCUCUUCAGCUUUUGAGUGUACUGGAGAAUCCAGGUGUCUCUAGAGCCGCCUCUGCAGGUGCCGGGAGAUUUGUAGGGACGACACCGGACAUCCCGGAAGCUGGGAAAUGGGAAUGUUGACAUUCAAGGACGUGUCUAUAGAAUUCUCUAUGGAUGAGUGGGCCUGCCUGAACCCUGCUCAGCAGACUUUGUAUCAGGAUAUCAUGCUAGAGAACUACAGAAACCUGGUCUUCCUUGGCCUAGCUGUCUCUAAACCAGACCUCAUUACCUGUUUGGAGCAAAGCAAAGAACCCUGGAUGGUGAAGAUACACCAGACAGUAGUCAAGCCCCCAGCACCUCUGAAACUAAAGCACCAUUUCUUUCAUCACUCUCAUUCAUGGGAGACACCAACAUCUUUUUGGAAAGACCCUAAAACAAGAAGGAUUAAACCUGAUGAUGCUAUUUUUCUUAUGGGGACAAAGCUGAAGUUAAUAAUUUUACUUGGAUACGCACCAUGCUGUCAAAAAUGGGGUAAAGUCUUUGCUGUAUGUAAUCAUUCCAUCCAGGACCAUUUGCAAGAGGUGGACACAAAUAUUUUAUUCUCAGAGAUGAUCCUGAGAAGAAAUCAAAGCUGUGGCCCUGAGAAUUUAAACUUAACAAAACACUGUGAAAGUGUGUAUGAGUGUAAGCAGCAGAAAGUGUGUUCCAGUGGACUUGACCAAUGUUUAACAGGUGCCUGUGGCAAAGUCCUCCAAUGUAGUAAAUGUUUGCAAGUCUUCAGACAAUUGUCAAGUCUAAAUAAACAUAACACAGUAUAUACUGUAGAGAAAACUUUUAAAUGUAGAAAGUAUGGAAAAACCUCUAACCUAUACUCACACAUUACACAACAUAGGAAAAUUUAUAUUGGAGAAAAACAGUAUAAAUGUAAAGAAGGUAGCAAAGUCUUCAAAUUUUGCUCAAGCCUGUCUAAGCAUAAGAGAUUUCAUACUGUGGAGAAACUCUACAAGUGUGAAAAUUAUGGCAAAUGUCUUAGCCACAGAUCAAAAUAUUGUAACUAUAAAACUAUUGAUACUGCGGGAAAAUCCUACAACGAUAAAGAAUGGGACAAACUUACCAAGCAGUACUCACACCUAUCUGGGCAUCAAAUAAUUCAUUCUGUAGAGAAACCAUACAAAUGUCAAGAAUGUGGCAAAGCCUUUAACCAGUACUCAUACCUUUCUAGACAUAAAAGAAUUCAUUCUGGAGAGAAACCCUACAAAUGUGAAGAAUGUGGCAAAGCCUUUAACCGUAAAUCAGCACUUUCUGUACAUCAGAGAGCUCAUUCUGGAGAGAAACCUUACAAAUGUGCAGAAUGUGGCAAAGCCUUUAAGCAAUACUCACACCUUUCUAAACAUAAAAGAAUUCAUUCUGGAGAGAAACCCUACAAAUGUCAAGAAUGUGGCAAAGCCUUCAACCAGAACUCAAAUCUUUCCGUACAUCAAAGAAUUCACUCUGGAGAGAAACGGUAUAAUUGUCAAGAAUGUGGCAAAGCCUUUAACCAUAAAUCAGCACUUUCUAGACAUCAAAGAGCUCAUUCUGGAGAGAAACCCUACAAAUGUGAAGAAUGUAGCAAAGCUUUUAACCAUAAAUCAGCUCUUUCUAGACAUCAAAGAGCUCAUUCUGGAGAGAAACCCUACAAAUGUGAAGAAUGUGGCAAAGCCUUUAACCAUAAAUCAGCACUUUCUAGACAUCAAAGAGCUCAUUCUGGAGAGAAACCCUACGAAUGUGAAGAAUGUGGCAAAGCCUUCAACCAGUGCUCACACCUUACUAGACAUCAAAUAAUUCAUUUUGGAGAGAAGCCCUACAAAUGUCAAGAAUGUGGCAAAGCCUUUGGCCGAAAAUCAGAACUUUCUGUACAUAAAAGAGUUCAUUCCGGAGGGAAACCCUACAAGUGUCAAGAAUGUGGCAAAGCCUUUAACCACACCUCAGGCCUUUCUAGACAUCAAAGAAUUCAUUCUGGAGAGAAACCCUACAAAUGUCAAGAAUGUGGCAAAGCCUUUAACCGGAACUCACACCUGUCUAGACAUCAAAGAAUUCAUUCUGGAGAGAAACCCUACAAAUGUCAAGAAUGUGGCAAAGCCUUUACCCAAUACUCAACCCUUUCUAGACAUCAAAGAAUUCAUUCUGGAGAGAAACCCUACAAAUGUCAAGAAUGUGGCAAAGCCUUUAACCGGAACUCACUCCUGUCUGUACAUAAAAGAAUUCAUUCUGGAGAGAAACCCUACAUAUGUCAAGAAUGUGGCAAAGCCUUCAACCGGAACUCGCUCCUUUCUAGACAUAAAAGAAUUCAUUCUGGGCUCGCCACCCACAGUUCAGUGGUUAGGGCAUGAGCCACAUAUACCCAGGCAGGUGGGUUCAAACCCUACCCAGGCCUGCUAAACAAUGACAGCAACAACAAUGAAAAAUAGCCAGGCAUUGUGGCGGGUGCCUGUAGUCCCAGCUACUUGGGAUGCUGAGGCUAGAGGAUUGCUUAAGCCCAAGAGUUUGAGGUUGCUGUGAGCUGUGACAUCAUGGCGUCCUACCAAGGGUGACAGGUGACAAAGGGACAAAAAAAAAAAAUCAUUCUGGAGACAAACCCUAGAAAUGUCAAGAAUGUGGCAUAGCCUUUAACCAGAACUCCUAUCUGUCAUCCUCCGUUGAGUCCCCUGGAAUCGUAGCUCCCAGCUACCUCAAACUCUU